AUGCCCGCGGACCUCGCGGUCGCGGACCCGGGAGGAGCAGGAAUCGCCGACGCCGCCGUGCGGCAGACGCGGACCACUGCGGCGAGCGGCACCUUCGACAGUGAGGACGAGCGGGAGGCCGGCCGCGUCUCGUGCAGGCGCGGCGCCAGCGACGCCGCUGAGCUCCCUGGGCGAGAGUCUGGAGGCCAGCGAGCGUGGGAGCACUCCGCUGGUGGCGGCUGCAUCGGCACUCGGGAUGCCUUGGAGGGCUCGACGCGCCCGACCCCCGAGGCGCCGCUGCUUUCAGGGGGAGCAGCCGAGCAAGGGCUCGGGGUCCUCGUGGCGAUCACGCAGCAGGAGCAGCAAUUGCCGAGCAAGAUGGGCGAGCACGACUUGCCGCUGGCGGCAGACAGAGGGUGGUUAAGUUGGCGCAGCCCUGCACUCGAGACGUUAAGGCUGCGGCUGGCCGACGGCAGCGUCCUGGCCUUCACCUGCAGCAGGUGCGUCGCGAAGUUUCGAGAGGCGGCGAUGAUCCUGAGGCUCGAAGGGCUGGCGUCCUGCCAGACGCGCCACUCGGGGAGCGGCAUCGACCGGGCCUCCGGAGCCUGGGCCCACGCGGGAACCCAACCCCGCACCGCGACCAACCAGGGCUGCCUCGAGGCGCCAACCCUCGUCGCCAGCCACGUUGACGCCCACGCUCAGGUCCAGAGCCUCGGCAGAGGCAGCGCCGCGUCCAUCGUCAGCAGCACGACGCUGCGGCACAGGGCGGCGAGGGCCGCCGGGGCGGCCGCGGCCGCGGCGGCCGCCGCGGCUUCGGUGCCCCUGAAGCCGGGCGAGCGGGUGGAGGUUUUCGGCCUACAGUCGGAGGCGGGUAGGGGGCUGAACGGCAAGUCGGGGGUGAUCACGAAGUGGGACGAGGCCAAAGGGCGCUUCCAGGUGGAGCUCGGCCAGGCCAAUCUGCAGAGCCUCAAGCCCGACAACCUGCGGAGAUGCUCCACGUCCAGCUCAGCUGGAGGCGCAGGCGGAGCCGGCGGCCCGGAGACCGGCUACCAGGGGCCUUCCGCGGGGUAGGCGGCCGGCUGGCGCCGCUGGUGCCAGGGGGCGCGGGCUGCCAUCCGCCUUGCUGAGGGGUCGGCGGACACCCUCCUGUAGUGAUGGCGUGGCGGCGCUGUGAGGCGGUCCUUCCGACGCCUGGCAGCCGUCGCUGCAGCUCC